AGCAGUCAAUAUUUUUCAGUUUGACUCCUAAUAAGCUUUGUGUGUCGGUAAGUACAAAUCCCUGUCAAUGAGGCGGGGCUACCGACUGAAAUGAAAGGUGCCUGGGACCGGCCAAUCAAGGCCCAAUACUGACUACUUUUCAUAGAGUUGUGCUGUUUUAAUUGUCAUGUGAAAGGAAAGCACAAAACCAAAAUCGGUCCCUCAGGAGGGGUACACAGUCCUCAUUAACAUUAGCACAUGGCUGUUUCCACUUCUUCCAACGAUUUCUAAUCAUGAACCUUCAACCAAGUGGAACGGACAUGACCAAGUGAGGAAACGAGGAGUACUUCAAUAUAUCAGGUAAUAGCGAAUAUAUGGAAUCUGAUGAGGAGGAUUGGCUCUGAAGAGGUGUCAUUGGAGUAGCAGUGAGGUUAAUACGUAUAUUAUACCCUCAGCUUAAUUUUAUUUGGAUUUGUUUAUAUUUGGCUUAUCUGACCAUUCUCUCCACGAUUGUGACAACAACAAAGAUCUACCGAGCAGAUGUUAACAACGAAUGGAAAUAGUGUGAAAAACAUUAGUCACUGUAGUCGGCACUUUGUGACAAAUGUCAGUCAAACUGAGUGAAGAUGCGAACUGAAGCAGCACAUGGACAGCGAAAUGUUCGAGGACUGUGAGAGUGAGGGUCGUCGUUGACGGGGAGUUAACAACUUAUGUUUGGCGGGGGCAAAAAGGCGACGGUGAGAAAACAUCUAUCAGUUUGCGUUAAUGAAAUGAUCAAUAUUUUAUCGAGCUCUCUGAUCGUCUCGCUCGGCGUGUACACCUGCCCCGUUGAGAGUUCGAUCGGCAGAUGGUCAACACAGAUUUGACCAGUGGCUAGAGGUUUGCUGUCCUGGAAUUACCCUCCUCUGCUUGCUAGGCUCUUGGCUCACUUGAAUAGACUGCUGUACCUCCGGGCUUCCGGACUCGGCAGAGAGGAAAGGAGUGGAGAGUCGUCUAGGUAGGCUCGAGACAUGUAGGCGGUGUUUUCAUGCUGUGUGUCAGGAAUGUUCAAACAGUUGUGUUCUCCGAUAGCGAAGCGUUAAGUGCGUACAAUCGCCCUGCAAUGCCGAUGGUUCAAGACAAGAUUUGGACUGUUUCUGAUACAUAAACAUUGACAGAUGCGACUUAAACCUCGGAUUUUGUGAUUGCCAUCAAAGAGUCAAGAUUUUGCCAAAUAGUUCCAACCCCUUGACAGAUUUAGCUGUCUCGGGGAACGAUCUCUUUCCCAAUCCAAGCUCGCCUGAGGGGUCUGGCCCACUGGGCUACCCCGGACAGAUGAAGGAGUUAGAUAUGGAGGUAGUUGUAGCGAAGAUAAUUUCGCUAGUCAUUUUGACUAUCUUGACAGUACUGACGGGUCUGUGUCCCCUACGGAUUCUUAUGCAUGCCCCUCACUUUCUCUCUAAGAACCGCCAAACUAUUGAGUACUUCCUCUGUGGACUUCGGUGUUUCUCUGGUGGUAUAUUCCUUGCGACGUGUUUCCUUCACCUCCUACCGGACACGCGUAACAAGAUACAGGUCGUUAUGAGGAACAUGGGCUCUCGAUCAACGUACGCUGUUCCAGAACUUUUAAUAAUGGCUGGAUUUUAUGGAAUUGUUUUCGUUGAUCAGUUCAUUAAGUGGAUGUAUGUUAAAGCAAGUGAGGCGGAGCGUAAGCCAAAACGAAGGAGGAAGAAAUCAUUACCAAUAGAGGACACGCUCGGCCUCGACCACAUGGAGAUGAACGUUGAAACUACGAGUCUCAGAUCGGACGGAAAUCAGGAUAGGUUAUCCGAAGAUCUCCAUAUGAACGACAGAGUGGACGAAACAACUAUCAAGGACACUCUUGAUUCGGACAUUGAGCCUGCCCCUUUCCAGGAUAUUGAGGUAAACAAAGUAGUGUCUGAAUUCACCAAAGCAGACUAUUCUAAUAAAGGGCAUGUUAGACUGAUUAUCUAUAUAACAGCGCUUUCCUUCCAUGGUGUUUUUGAGGGUAUGACCCUGGGUUUGCAAAGUGUUGAGAGCAACGUAUGGAGCCUUUGUUUUGCGAUCUGUGCCCACCGCUGUGUUCUAGCCUUCAAACUAGGAAUGGACUUGUGUAAUACAGAGGAAAAGCAGGGUACAGCCUGGCUUUGUAUUGGAACAUUUACUCUCAUAUCUGCUUUAGGAAUUGUAAUAGGGAUUGUUAUAUCAUCGGGAGCUAUGUUGUAUGCUGACGUUACCGUGCCCGAGGCAAUUCUACAGAGCCUUGCUACGGGAACAAUAUUUUACAUUGUGUUCUUUGACAUUCUCUUCAAGGACCUCCAAGGUAAAGAUGAUAUGAAGAGGAUUGGAUGUUCCUUUGUGGGUUUUGUUUUGAUGGCGGUUGUGUUUGCGAUCACCAUGUCAUGAUAGUCAAUCCCAAGUGCUAUUUCAUUAGAGAGCGACGCGAGUGUGCUACCAUGCUCUAAAACCACUGCUUCUACCGUUCCCAAGAGCUUUCGUAAUGCUGAAUGUUUAUUGUGUUCUGCCUGUAGAUCUCUUUUCUUCGACAAAUCACAUCCUGUAUUCUGAACAUAGAUUUCCACAUCGGCCACAGAACACUAUACUGCGGUUGUGAUACAUCUUUGUCAGCCAGAAUAAUCGAACAAUGAAUUCCGAUUUGUGAUGUACCGGUCUCGAAAUUCUCCAUAACACCUCAAGGGAACAUGUCUAUAUUUGAUUUUAUGCCCUCGAGGGUAUUUCUCUUGAUCAAAUGAGGGGAUCAAGGAGACGAAGACAUUUUAAAGGAUUUGACGGAUUCUAGCAGACACUGUAGUCAUAAGUCAGUUUCCUCAAUGCUUGGUUGAGUGUGUCAAAUCAGUGGUGAGUUUCUAUAUUUCCACGCAGCCAGAAAUUCAUGUCAAAGGGCGCUUAAUGUUUUCUAAGAUGUCCAACACACAGAUGUAUAACUGUAUCAGAUCAUAGUAUGACAUUGAAGAUAUUUUGCUUGUAA